CCCGACAAGCUCCGUAGAGACCCGAGUACAUUAAUGUUUGGAUUACUUAUAACCAAAACACAGACCAUAUAUAUUUAUAGGCACAACAUAGUCCAUCUUGGCUGCUUCAAUCAUUUUUUUGUGUCAAUUCCCUUUGUCCAGGGGUCAUCCAUAUUAUAUAUUUUUUGGAUUUGUUACUUUCACAGUUGUUAAGAAACAGAAAUAUGAUGGAAACUGUGGAAGUUCGAAGUAAGAGUCUACUAAUCCAAUGGCUGAAUGUGAAGCCAAAUAGUCUUCUUAGCUGGCAAAUUCACGUCAAACGGAAAAGUAUCAAAUACGAUAUCUACUACAAGCGAACGAAGGGUACUUCAGGGAACGAGUAUAAAUUCCCAGCAGUUUUAGACGCCAGACAACAACAGCAGCAACAAACCCAAGAAACUGAAAUUCAAAAGUUAAAUGCCGCUGGUCUUGAACUUUUUUACCAAGGCGAAAGAUGCAUGGCCGAAAAGCCCAACGACGGUUCUGUAUCCAUUGAGAAAGGUGGAUUAUAUGCUUUUGUAUUUGAUAACACUUUCUCUAAAACUACACCAAAAAUUAUAUCAUUUCUAAUCAGUGUCCAAUCGUUUCCAGGGUCGGUUCGACAUAACAUCAACAGUAGCGGUGCCCCAAAACAACUUGUGUGUGGAACUCUCCUCAAAAAGCGUCGUAAAAAAGGCCAAGGUUAUGCUCGUCGUUACUUUACGUUGGAUAUGCUGGAAGGAACUCUUUCAUAUUAUGCCAAUGCUCAUUCUUCUAUCAUGCGAGGAAAGCUUCCUCUCAGUAUAGCCGUUGUUAGUGUCUCUUCCGAAAGCCAUGAAAUUAAUGUUGAUUCUGGUAUCGAGAUUUGGAACCUUCGCGCUCAUACCCAUCAAGACUGGUUAAGGUGGUGUAAUGCUCUAGAGCGUGCUAAAAACACCCAGGCCUUUUCAAAAUUGACUGUUGGUGAACGUUCCCAGCAGUCAUCUUCCAAACAACUUGAUUCCAUCUACUCCCGCCUCCGAGAAUGUUUGGAUAUCGCUCAAACUCACCGGAUAGGUCGCUCUCGCUCCGCCAUUAACCUCAAUAUUCCCAACAUCCGGAUUCAGUUGCCUGAUGAACAUAUGACAAAUAGUGGAAAUCCAAGAGAAUCUAUAGAAGAAUCUUCACCUGAAAACUCAUCCGCCGUAAUUACUCUCCGAAAAGUUACCCGACAGCUUGGUUCCCUCUUACAUGAGCUAGAAUGCUUUAUUCAACAUCACGAGUUCACAAAAGAUCAAGUUUCCGUCUCUUCCCCGUCUUCCCGUGUAUCCAUGGAUUCUACCGUAUCUCAUACAUGGUAUGAUGCUGAAGAUGACCCAACCAUCAAUCAUGUAACGGAAGCUUUAAAGGACCUUAAUGAUUCGGACGGUUUGCUAAGUAGUGAUCGUACUACCAAGAAUUCUGAUCCAGAUAUUACUUUUGUCGAUGAUUCUCUUCACAGAACGAGUACCUACGAAGAGGAAUCAGUUUCUGACUCUUCGGUUUCUGAUUUGUCAUCUGAAAUUACCGAGCCAGAGGAAUUAGUACAAUCACAGGAAAGCUAUGAUUCCAUAGGGUCAAGCGAUACCGCUGAUGAAGACUCAGAAGAAAGUGCCGUCAAUGGGAUCAAAUCCAUUGAGAAAUUCAAGGAUGUGGAUGAAUAUAAACCGAAUCCAUCUAGAAGCAAGUCUCGACAAGGAUCUGUCGCUCAUUCUAUAAGCUCAAAGAGUAAGAAGAACUAUACAGGAUCUGGACAUGAUACUGAAGGAAACGCAUCUGUUUCUUCCACUUCCACUAAAAACGAAGGCAUGCCUAAAAAUUCCAAACAAGCUGUCGCUGAACUAUAUCCUCUUCCUCAUGAAUCCGUUUCUCGCAGACAAAACAUACCUGCCAUAGUAGACCCUCCUCCUAGUAUCGUUUCCGUUUUGCGAAGGAACAUUGGAAAGGAUAUCAGCUCAAUUUGUAUUCCGGUUGUCUCCAACGAACCCUGCAGUUUACUGCAACGUUAUUCAGAAGAUUUGGAGUAUUCCAAUCUUUUAGACAUGGCCAAUGAAAGUGCGCCGGAGUUGAAAAUAUUCUACAUUGCAGCUUUUGCUGUAUCCAAUUUUUCGAAUAUGAGACACAAGGAGAGAAGUGUGCGAAAGGUAUUCAGUCCGUUAUUGGGAGAAACGUACGAGCUUGUUCGUGAAGAUAAAAGUUACCGCUUUUUAGCAGAAAAAGUGUCACACCGGCCACUCGUAGUCGCAUGCCAAGCCGACAGUCCUAAAUGGGAAUGGCGUCACUCUCCAAGGCCUAUUCAGAAAUUUUGGGGUAAAUCUAUAGAACUGAAUACUCAUGGGGAUGUGAACAUUAGCUUGCAGUGUGGAAACAAAUUUGUUUUUACAAAACCUGCCUGUUUUCUGAAAAACGUUGCUAUAGGUGAAAAAUACGUUGAACCUUAUGAUCACAUGGUAAUUACGGAUUCUACGACUGGCGAUAAAGCUAUCGUUCAAUUUAAAGUCGGAGGAAUGUUUUCCGGGCGUUCUGAAGAAGUAUAUGUAAAAGUUAUUAGAUCUGAUGGAACCCAAGAUCCUCGGUCUCUAAAGGGUAAAUGGACAACUUCUCUAGAUCUCGUGGACACUGAAACUGGUAAAAUGGAGAAAAUGAUAUGGGAAGUUGGAAAUCUGGUGGAGGAUCCUCAAAAACAUUGCGGCAUGACAACGUUUGCUGCACAAACAAAUGAAAUAACGCCAAUUGAAGAUGGUUUACUUCCUCCUACUGAUACUCGUUUACGUCCAGAUCAAAGAUUACGCGAACAAAACCGUUUAGAUAUAGCAGAGCGAUUGAAAUUAGAUCUCGAACAGAAACAACGAGAAGAACGACAAGAAAUGGAAAGAAAUCAUAUUUCUUGGCAUCCUAGAUGGUUUUCUCAAGUUAAAACUGGUAAAGAUGAUGGGUCUGACCCUCUUUGGGUAAUGAAAGAAGACCAAAAUAGUUAUUGGUCCUGUCGGCAAAAAGGCAAUUGGUCUAAAUGCCCUCAGUUAUGGUAAACUGGAAAACCUAAUCUCAAAAACAGUCGUUACAACAAAUUUUCUUGAUUGCAUUUGUUUAUCAUUUGUACUUGCAUAAGCUACCUUUCGUUACUUUCUUUGCGUUUUAUGUUAAUGCCCAUAAUAAUCCUAAUACACAUAAUUUAAUAUUGAGGAUAUGAAUAAUAUUAAUACAGUAAACUAAUUCAAAA